AGAAGUUUUCGAACCACAUAAACUCAUUCUCAUUCUCUUUGGGUUAGUUAAACAAAUUUAGUCGACAAAGGCGGUUGAUUUUGAUUAACCAAAUUGUUUAUAUUCAUCUGAAAUCGUCUGAACUAAAAACGAGAACAACAUGUGCAAGUGUCUGGCCGGAAACGUUGCCUGCUGCUGCUUCAAUUGUGCACUUAGUGUGCUUAUUUCCAUCAUCAGUGGAUUUCUGGUGAUCGGCAUCGUGGUCGGAUUGGCCAUCUACUUCAUUGCCUACUACGAAAAGGAGGAUGAUGUUACCAAGAUUACCAAUAAAGUAACCGAAAAUAUCCAGUCGGGAUAUGACAAAAUAAAGGAUGCCCUAAGCAAAUAAAAUCGACUAUGUUUCAGAUUAGUACACAGCGAAAAAUUUUCCACGCUUUGCAUAAUUCCAUUCAUCCAGAUUAAUUGCCACCUAUUUACAGAAACAAACACCGCUGGAGCCUUUUAGAAGAGGAUAAUUGUUAAACUGUUUCAGUAUCAGUACAAAUAAAUAUUACACCUUCAAAAUAUUAUUGUGAAUCUCCAGCUAAUGUAAAAGAUGUUUUAACGCAAAAGAUUUUAUAAAUAAAUAUUUAUGAUGUUCAAAAACAGA